AUGGCGUCGUCCUCGUCGUCCCUGCCGGACCUGCGCGCGAGCGCGUCCUCGAGGCCACGCAUGGUGCGGGACCUGUCGCUCAAAGGCACGGCGGGGCACGCGCAGAGGCGCGCCGCGCCGGUGCAGACCUUCAACCGCGCCGAGCGCUGGCCCAGGCCGGGGCACGACGACCUGACGCCCCGCAAGCUGGCGGGCCCAGAGGUCGCCUCCGCGCGCACGGGGCCCGCCUUCACCAUCGGCAAGUCCAAGGUUCGAGAGUUGCGGGACGCCGACGAGGGCCAGCCCCGCAAGCUGGCGGAGCCCCACGACAGCAGCGUCGUGCUGCACAAGAUGAGCAGGGCCCCCGCCUUCUCCAUCGGCAAGGGCGGUCGGGAGGCAGGAUUCGCGUGGACAGGAUCGGACUACAGUCGUUCUGGGGGGAACCAAAGCAUCGACAAGGCUGGCCUGAUGAAGUACAAACAGGUGUUGGCCCCGCUACUCCGUGCUGCUCCUUCUGGCUUUCCCACACAAGGGAGCCUUCGUGCUGUAUUCGUCGUCGCUGAUGCUCGCUACGGGGUCCUUGGCACUAACGAGAAAGGCCGUUUCAACGCGUCCAACACCGCCACUGCUAUCUUCAGGAAGAUGUGCAAGGACGUCUACAACCUUUGCAAGGUUCACGUGCCGCCUGAGCUACAGGAGCUCGCGGACUUGAUCACCCCGCAACCUCCGAAGAAGGACGGCCGCGCCAAGCAGUCAGAACCACCAACAUCGCAGCCAGCGACGCCGCCACUUGCGAGCGAGCCAGUGUUCGCGACCUUCGAUUCGGAGCCAGAGGUCGAGAACCUGAUCCCGGAGUCGGACUCGGACGCGGACUCGGUGGAGUUCGUUUCUUGCAAGUGCCAGUGUCCCAAGUGCGUUGGACCUCUCAUAAUCCCUGGCGCCAAGAAGGGCGAGCAGAAGAAGGACACUACGGGUGGUGAUGCCGACGAAGCUGGUUCUGUUCAGAAGUGCCGCCGCAUUUGGCACAAAACUGAUAUGGUGAAAGUUGCGACGAGAACUUCAGCUCCAGUCAAUGCAGCAGCAGUUGGGAAAGAAUCCACGGCUCCAGCAGCCACAGUCGAUGGGUGCGCGGCCGAGUGUACCAAACCGAGCAGGAAGGCGCCUAAGAAGGCCCAGAAGGCCCCCCAGGAGGCGUUGGACCAACCGAUCGUCUUCCCCAUCGAGAUCGUGAGCCGCGCGACGGGCAGCAAGGAGUCAUGCAUCCUUCAGAACACGUCGAAGUUUCGGUUCGUGGUAUCGGUGAAGGAGAAGAACAGCACCAACUACUUGGCCAUCGUGAACACGAUUGCUGAGAAGAUCAGGGCAUCGGAGGUCACUACCGCGAAUGAGGCGAUGCAGCUAGCUUUGGAGAUGUCGAAUGAGUUCUUAACGAUCUGGGGCUGGAGCCUCAGCGUUGAGACGGGCACGGCAUAG